GGACUUCCAGGUGAGAUCAAUGCUUGUGGACGAUGUUUUAGUGGUCCUCCAAUUAUGGGAUACUGCCGGACAAGAAAGGUUUCGCAGUGUGACCAAGCAAUACUUCCGAAAGGCAGAUGGCGUUGUUAUUAUGUAUGACGUGACAUCUGAGAAAACAUUGAUCAGCAUGCGACACUGGAUGGCGAGCAUACAGGAUAGUGUGGGUGCUGGAACAGUGAUAACUCUCAUUGGUAACAAGACGGACUUGGCACAGGAUGACCGGCCUGUCUCUUACAAAGAUGGAGCGCGUCUGGCUGACGAAUAUGGAUACCUAUUCUACGAAACGUCAGUGAAGACAGGAGACAAUGUUAUUGAAUCCAUCACAGGGUUGGCCUUGCUGUUAAAAGACAAGGAGGACAAACAGAUAGAAAGGACGAUGCUAGAUUUGACCACUGUCACGCCGGAAUCUUCUUUACCCUGCUGUAACAAAAGCUGAUGCUGUGACGCCACAAAUGUGCCUCGUGGGACCAGAACGAAUAUUGAUAGAAAUCAGCUUCAGACCUAUCGACUCGUACUUAUGCUCGCGUUCUCACACGCACGCACGCACGCACACGCAAACACGCGCGCGCAUGCACAGGAAUAUAUUACAAGAGGUAGCUAUACGCUUACUGUAAAACAGAGUAGAUUUUGGAACUGUCACGAUUAGCUGCUUUAUAAAUAACACGCAUCGUGAUGCACAUGUACAAAAGAUAACAUACAGCAAGGCGAGAGAACACAUCACCCGCGGUUGCGGCUUCAAAUAAACCUUCAUAUUGUUUUACGCUAAGCUGAUGAAUUUCGAACGUAUUGUUCCAAAUUUCUUAUAUUAGCCCAUGGCAGAUAUGUGUGCAGAUAAAUACACAAACAAACCGAGAAAAUAACCACAAGUAACUUGCAGAACAGUGGCAUAUAAGUCCACACAAAAUCUGAGUUCACAAAUCCGUUGACAGUUUUAUGUAUUACGUUACAGUAUUAAAUUAAUUAACAUAUGUAAGAAGAGUAUGAAUAAAAUGCAUGUAUUUAUAAACAA